AUUGCCCGGAUCUGGAAAGCAUUUUAAAGCAUCCAAAUUACAAAAUAGAAACAAGUAAAUAUUUUCCUAAUUGGUGAUCUAUAGGGUAUUUUAGAAACCAGACUGUAGCAAUAUGCAUAAAAUUAAAAUCAUUUCAAAUGAAAUAUGUAGGGAGAGCCAGGCCUUGGAAUUCUUCUCUUCCAAUUAAUCCUGAUUUAACCUGUUUAAAUUACUCAGGCCAGUUAUGGCCCUCAUCUAUUAAAUGGAAAUGGUGAAACUGUUGAAUUAUAUCCUGAACAUGUUAAGGGCCCAAGAACCGUUAAUUUCUUUUCGUUCAAGAAGUAUUUGAGCACCUAAAUGCUGGCAUUGGCUAAGAUUUAGAGAUAACAAACUGAGUCACACUGGUAGGGUCUUGUCUUUCCAGGCUCUUUUUCCUUUGAAUAAAGUAAAUGUAGGAAGAAACUCAAGACAAUUCAGUAGCAAAGAGGGUUUCUCUGUGCAGGGAAGUAUUUUCUCCUUAUCAGUGUAGCAUAUGUAACAUAGUAUGUGCUAAUACAUAUUCAUUCCUUUGAAUUGGCAACAUUAUAUACAAGUCCUGAAUAAAAUUUGUCUAUAAGCCAGUGUAAUUGAUAAAGUGUUGCUUAAUAGCUCGGUUACAUUUUCCUCAUUUUAGUGAAACUGGUUGGAAAUUUUAUCCUGGAACUUAUGCUAUCUCCCCUGAUUACUAAGGAUGUUUAUGACUAGUUUUUCUUGGUUUUCAAAUCAAAUUGAUGUAGGUUUGAAUGCAAGUAGUUAUAGGAAUGUGGAAACAUGUGCUUACUCUGUUUCUAUUCUAUAAAAUGAGGAAAAUAAUAUUUAUAUCACUAGAAAUAGUUCUGUGGAUUUGGUUAGCUAACAUUUAGAUAGUGCUUGGUUCAUAGUAGAUGGUUAGUGAAUUUUAGGUCUCUUUCAUUAAUUACAGAAGCACAUUUAUCACAGAAUCAGGAUAUUGUUCAUUGCUAUGGAGGAAUUCUGUUCUGUAAUCAGUAAUAAUCUGGUUCUCUGUUUUUUCAUUUAAACUUGAAAUCUUAUUUCUACUUUUUGGUGGAGUCAUUCAAGGUGACAGGUACUUACUGAGGACUUACACUUAAGGAUGUUUGAGAAGGUUUUGGCUCUCACCAUGGCCAUCACUCAGUUUCGAUUAUUUAAAGUUUGUACCUGCCUAGCAACAGUGUUCUCGUUCCUAAAGAGACUAAUAUGCAGAUCUGGCAGAGGAAGGAAAUUAAGUGGAGACCAAAUCACUUUGCCCACCACAGUUGAUUAUUCGUCUGUCCCUAAGCAGACAGAUGUGGAGGAGUGGACUUCCUGGGAUGAAGAUGCACCCACAAGUGUGAAGAUUGAAGGAGGGAAUGGGAAUGUGGCAACACAACAAAGUUCUCUGGAACAGCUAGAACCUGACUAUUUCAAGGACAUGACACCAACUAUACGGAAAACUCAGAAAAUUGUCAUUAAGAAGAGAGAACCAUUGAAUUUUGGUAUCCCCGAUGGUAGCACAGGUUUUUCCAGUAGAUUGGCGGCUACACAAGACAUGCCUUUCAUUCAUCAGUCAUCAGAAUUAGGUGACUUAGAUACCUGGCAAGAAAACACCAACGCAUGGGAAGAGGAAGAAGAUGCAGCCUGGCAAGCAGAAGAAGUUCUGAGGCAGCAGAAAAUUGCAGACAGAGAAAAGAGAGCAGCAGAACAACAAAGGAAGAAAAUGGAGAAAGAGGCGCAGCGUCUGAUGAAGAAGGAGCAAAACAAAAUCGGUGUGAAGCUUUCCUAACACACGCUCGCCUGUCACAUCCCAGUGCCAGUAGGAGAAGCCUGGGCCUGCAGCCUACAGGACAAGCAUUUGUAUGGACUGGAGAUCAUUUCAGAAUACAAACACUGCUUGAUCUUAAUGUGUUUGAGCCAUCCAGGACACCAGGAUUCUCCCACAAUACCUUGAACUGUUAGUAAUCAAGACUCAAAACUCAAAAAUAAUGAGACAAUUAUUUUCUUCAACAUGUUCCAAAUAUAAGACAGUUGUUUGCUAUAGAGAAGUUAUUUCAAGUGGAAUAUACCAGACCAGUACCUCUCAAGCUAGUGUUUCUAGCUGAAUAAAUUGGGUGUAAAUAAUUUUAUGGUAGAAAAGUACUCUGCUAUCUAUUAUGCUUUCAUUCAUUGUGCAUAAUUAUAAAAUAAUUUUAAUAGUCUUUGUUUCCAUGAUCACUUGACGUAAAUUAAACAAAAUAUAAGUAGGGCUUUAUACCCUCCUUUAUUUUGUUUUCAGGUAGUGUUGACAUACAUUUUCUAUAAUUUGAACUGGCAUUGUUUGGUACAACAUUAAGGAAUAUGAUGAUUUGGAUUUUUAAGAAAAAUAACAUUAAAUGCAAUAAUUUUAUUUAUCAAAUAUUUUGUAUAUCCUUAUUUUCUUUUGGAUGGUAUUGUAAUAUUAUAUAGAGCUGUAAUUUAUAUUGCAUGUAUAAAUGUUGAAAAUCAGCUGCAAUGACAAGUUUGUGUGACUAAGAACUAGGAUUAGUAGCUUUUCCCUUUCAUUGCAGAUGUCAAGAUGUUAACAGUGUCUUUAAGGACCAUAGUUCUUCAUCCUUCUUAAAAGCCAUUAAUUUUCAAAUGCAGAAAGGCUUCAGUUUCAUUUGAUUUUUUAAAAAGUGAUUCUGGAAGAUUUCUCUUUUUUGUUUGUUUGUUUGUUUUAAUAUCUUACAUAAUGCAGGGUACCUAUACAUUUGGCUAGAUAACAUUACUGAUUCAUUACAAACCAAGUUAUAAUUUUUUUGUUGGUGAUACUGAUUGACUUGUCUAAAGAAAUAAUUGCAUAUUGUGUUUUAUGGGGGAAAAUCAUAUCUCACAGUUUAAAAUGAAUACCAUUAAAUUUUCUCCACAAUUGAAAUAUAA